CUCCGACAGGGGAGGAUGAGGAGGAGGAGGAGGGAGCGCCUCACCCCACAGCACACACGGCUCUUCGCCACCCUGAUGCAGCGUGCGCGCGUUGUUACCCCAGGCAACACACGUGUCAACACACGUGGCAGGAGACACAACGCUGACGCCGUCACUCGCCGCAGAGAAAUGGAGACGCAAGAGGAGGCUCAUGAUGUAGAGAAAGGAGCUGAAGGGGAGGAGAUUGUCUCGAGCCAGACUCCCGAUAGACAGAGUGCAGCCACAAGGACGUCAGGCACGCGCCACCGCGCGUCGUCGUCUCGCCCUGGAACUCAGAGCGAGGCGGAGCGCCAGGCGCGUCUCAUCGGGCAGCUCAAGGCGGCCGAGGCCAGAGCUCGCAUCCGCGCCCUGCGCCUCCGCUACCAGCGCAUCCGCGCGAACGAGAUCAACCACCUUGUCGCCAGCCAGCCGACGGCCACGAAGGCGAUGCGCCUGGAGGCCCUGCUACCAACCAAACCGAGCUCUCCAGAGCCUCCUGACCCGCUCGAUAAGCUGCAGAGGUUUCGGAUCGAGCAAAUAUUGGAAGACGAACAGGGACUGACCACGAAGCGGACCAUUUAACCAGGGGAUUAAUAACUGAGAUGAUCUGCUAUCGACUGCCAUGCCUUCCUCUGGCAGUGCCGCACCUCCCUCACGGGCAGGCAGCAGUAUAAAACGCUCGUCAACACGGAGAAGGCCAGUCUGUUUGCACGUCUGUGCCUUGCUUGACGUCUUAAAUGCAGUAUACGUUUAUGAUUUACAUCGAACGAGAGGGAGCACGCCUCUGACAUAAAGCACUGAGCUGUCUAUGCAGUAAGCCUGACGAAUAUUUGUGUCGAUUUUUUUCUACCCCUCCCCCAUCAUUAACACUCGCCACCCCUCUAUCGCUGAAGGGUAAACAAGUUGUUUUGUCCAGCGGCCGCCGAAGUAUCAGCCCCACAAAAGCGCAGCGGCGCCGCGUCCUCUCUCACAUUGUCAACGCGCGAACACCUACGGGCAUUUGGUGACGUGGCCUAGCGGUCGCCCGUUCGCCCCCUCGUCGCAGAGGCUCACAGUUUCGAAUGCUACGGCCGCUGCGGGCGUCUGUCGCGAAAGUUACCGCACGUCGUGUGACCUCUAAAGAGUGGACGUUAAAUAUCCCGCGACGUCGUUGGCAAAGAGGAGGCCACCGUGUUCUGGCGUUAUGGUCCGAAACAUUGUCAAAUUUGAAUGCAGUACGUGUACACCGCAAAUGACUCAAUUUUGUAAUACAUGCUCUUUGGUUCUUUCGG